CCGGCCCAUGAGGCUCCCCGGCGCGGGGCGCGGCGGCGCGCGAGGGCCAUGGGGGGCAGCCUGCGGGUGGCCGUGCUGGGCGCCCCGGGCGUGGGCAAGACGGCCAUCAUCCGCCAGUUCCUGUUCGGCGACUACCCGGAGCGCCACCGACCCACGGAUGGACCGUGCCUCUACCGGCCGGCGGUGCUGCUCGACGGCGCCGUCUACGACCUGAGCAUCCGCGACGGCGAUGGCGCUGGCCCGGGUCCGAGCCCGGCAGGGCCGGAGGAACGGACAGACUCGAAGGACUGGAACUUGCAGGACACCGACGCCUUCGUUCUCGUCUACGACAUCUGCAGCCUGGACAGUUUUGACUACGUGAAGGCCCUGAGGCAGCGCAUCGCGGAGACCAGGCCGGCAGGCGCGCCUGAAGCGCCCAUCCUGGUGGUGGGAAACAAGCGGGACCGGCAGCGGCUGCGCUUCGGACCUCGGCGUGCACUGGCCACCCUGGUGCGCAGAGGCUGGCGCUGCGGCUACCUCGAGUGCUCAGCCAAGUACAACUGGCACGUGCUUCGUCUCUUCCGCGAGCUGCUGCGCUGUGCGCUGGUGCGCGCGCGCCCUGCACACCCGGCCCUGCGCCUGCAGGGGGCGCUGCACCCCGCGCGCUGCAGCCUCAUGUGACCGAAUUGGACCGCGCUGCUCACGUGGGGGCGGGGCAGAGGACGGAUACAACCCAGGAGCCGGAUUGGACAAGACUGUCCAACUUGCCUCGGAUUGGAUGGGAGCGUGCUCGUGCUGAUUGGAGGAAGGAAGUUCCCACCCCUGGGCGAUGGGCCUGUCUUGGAACCUCAUUGGGUCACCUUGAACCCCUCUGGGUCAAGAUCUUACUGGAUGAAAGGGAUUUGGCCGUGAACUUGAUUGGAUGCUCAGACUGCUCUUAGUGCUUCAUUGGAGAAACUUUAAGUCACACCUCUCAGGAGGCAAUAAAGUGGAAACCGUU